UUCAGAUCCUUCCAGGAACAACUCCACUCAUUUGGGCAGAACCAGAACCUGCAGGACUGAAGACCCUGGAGGGCAAGUGGGCGCCAUGUCUAAUGAUGAGGGCGGCAAGGAGACCCCCCCGGGUAGCGAGUGCCCCGUAUGCUACGAGCAGUUACAGACCCCCAACACGGCAGAGCGGAGGCUGAACUGCGGCCACUCAUUCUGCCACGACUGCCUGGUGAAAUAUCUCCUGUCGGCCAAGCAGGAAGGUUCCGUCAGGAAGAACAUUAUUUGCCCCCUGUGCCGCUAUGUCACCUUCCUUAGUAAGGGGGGGCUCAUUUUGCCCCCCAAGUCGGGGGAGCGCCGCCAGACCCUGGAAGUGCCCAUCUCCCCCUCGUGCCAGAGACACUGCGAGAGCGCCCGGAGCCCCAACACCGUGGAGAUCCCCAUCUCCGACACGGAAACGACGGCGGAGGAACUCCCAGCAUGCACCUGUCAGGCGGCCAUUAGCCCAGAAGGACUCAGCAGCUCCUUUGGGUCUCAGGUUUUUAUCAUCAGUGACCAAGGGCAGCCCCUGGAGAGCGUGGAGGUGGCCCCCGCCCAGUCGACCGUGUUGAGGCGCAGGGACAAUGUCUGCCGCUCUCCGGUGCUCAUAGUCAUCCUCCUACUCAUAUUCCUCGUGGCUAUAUUGGCCGCUGUGUUGCCAUGGAUCUUGUUGGCCAAAAGGGUUUGAUGGACAUUUGUGACUCGUCCUCUGUGGAAGCUCCUUGAGAUGUUGGUGGCCUCCUUGGCUGUAUAAGUGGAGAGGCAGCCAUGGGCACACCACCUCUGGAUAAACAACCCCCUGCAGUGCUCACAGGGCCUGCAGUGUUAUGGGUUAAUUUAUAUGCCAAACUUGAAAGGACUACGUCUCCCAUCAUGCUCAGCACCUAUAGGGUGAGAAGUUUAACUGCGCUCUGCACCUUGUGCCGAUAAAUGAUUGUUUCCGUAUCAACCGCCACUUUCCCUGGCAAGGGCUCAGGAGAGACUACUAUAUGCCACCCCCUCAAAGGAGAAAUAAUCGGGGUGGCCCCACGGGUCUACGCUCCUACACAUAACAAAGUGCAAAAGUAUGGGCCUCAAUCCCCCCUGCAAGGUGGUACAACCUGUGGGCAGGUACCACACCGUUACUGACUCCACCUUGUCUUACUGACUCCACCCCUUCUGCCUAUGUAGAAAUAAUGCAACAUGGCGGCUCUACAAACUCAGCUCUGUUUAACUUUUUCCUACCUGUGAGACAGCAGCACCGGAUCUUUUAAUACUGUGAAAUGUAAAGACAUUUAUUUUAACCAUUUAUUUUUAUAUUACGGAGGGAGGGGGGUAAUUUACAGGGGGAGGGGCUUCUGUUCUCAAAAAAGUUAAAGUAAAAAAAAAAAAAACAGACUGUGAAAGUU